UGUAUUAAUCAGCAUGUAACAUAUUAUAUUAUCUCGCAUUUAAUUGAAUAGAUAACAAAAUGGGUCAAUAGAGCUAUGUAAGUAUGGGAGACAAAUGCGUAAAGUUAGUGAUGAUGUCGUAGAAACUUAUUUACAUUAUCUCUCCCUUGCGCAUGAAGUAAACAAAUUACGUCAUACCUUAUGUCACUGAACCCUCUUGCGCAUGAAAUAAACUAUAAUAUUUAAGAAUUUUGAUGCCAUAUAACACCGUCUCGUACCAUUACAUAUAGAUAUAGUGUACAAUGACUAUAUAAUAUGGUCUGAAUAUGCUCAACUAAGGCCACGACAUCCAAGAACAUGUUAUAUAUUAUUGAUAUGUUCACGCAAAAUGACAACUCUGACAUUCAUAUGGGUUGUGUUUUAUUAUUUUUGGGUAUAUAUAUAACUUUCUGUGGUUACCAGUAAUAACUUAUUACUGCUCACAUUGAUCUUGGGUUUAUAUACGUGUUCAUGACAAUUAUUUUUGAGGGAAAUCGUCAGAUCUAAAAAAAAUUAUAUAGUACGCUGAAUAAUAAUAUUCUCUUUAAUUUGGGAUUUAUAAUUGUAUUCGAAGUUUAGCAUAUAUAUCAGGCAAAGUUUUCAUUCAGUCUAGUUAAACGCGCAUAGUCUGACAAGCGAUUGAUAACCAUAUAUACAUUACCAUAUAUAAAAAGAAUUAUCCGCCAUAUUAGUUCAAGUUAUGUGGACCAAAAUGGAAAAUAUUAUCGACUUAAUUAACAUAAUUAGGUUAAAGACAAAUUCUGAGACUCUCAGUCAAUCAUUGAACUUUUCUCCAUAUCAUAACAAUAUAUUAACAAUGUUUCAUUAUUUAUUAUAUAUGAUGUUUCAGAGAAAAGCAAAAAUAUUAAGAAAAUAUAAUUUCUCUUAUAAAAAUUCUCAAAAAUAUAAAUUAAAAAUAAUACAACAAAUAAGAAAAGAAUAUGUAUAAUUUAAUUGAUUAAACAGUAUUCAGUAAAUUUAAAAUUGACACAGAAAUAUCAAAACAUCAUAUAUUUUGAAACAAUAAAUUUUUUAAAAUAUUAUAUAUUAUGAUAUGGAAGGAGUAUUCAUAUUGAAACAUACAGAAGGAGAAGAAACCAGGUAUAGACCUAAAGUGUUUUAAACAAGAAAUAUUGUUUGAUUGAUUCAUAAAGAGAAGACAUGAAAACAAGUUCAUGCGCUCUACAUGAGCUCUAUAAACUAAACCCUCUCUCGUUACAAUUUAUUGAGAACAAAAAAUACAUAAAAUCUGCUGCACAUAAAUUAAUUUAGAAUCUGAAGCAAGAAUAUGAGUUUGAUGUGUGGUCCAGUUGAGUUUUAUGUCAAUAUGAAUAUAUAGGCCAUAUACCCUUUAAAAAAACUGUAUAUACUAAUUAACAAACCCAUUAAAAUGGUAUUGUAUCAUUCAGACAAUGAAAAUAGUAUUUUACAUAAAAUGUCACAUGUCACAUGCAAGGUCAUUGACCCCAAAACUAAAAUGUUUGUGUAUAUAAUGUCUCUAUAUAUUAGUUUCUCAAUGUGCCUCUCUAAAUAUAAUCUCUCUCUCUCCCUCUCUCCUUCUCUCACUAACCAAAUGGAUCCUCGAAUCGCCGCAACAUCCGUGUUCCGGUGGUCUCGGAGUCGCCGGAAGAUUCAUAUCCGCCGUAGAAAGUCACAGGUAGUGCGUCUUGGCGGGAAUCACAACGUGGUGCCACGUGGCGGAUUCUCGUUGAAGAAGAUGGUGAGGAAGAUGAAGCUGAGAUGGUUGAGAUUACACUACGUGAGACUGGUGAAGAAGAUCAACGGGUUUUAUCGUAAUUUGGUGAAAGAGUUCUUAGACGCAGGAGCUGAGCUUGAAGCGAUUCAGAAGCGAAUGGCGGUUGAAGCGGGUUCGUUUGCGGUUCCGGGUUUCGGUCUAUCUUUCGCCUCUAUGUCAGUUCAUGACCGAGCAAGGCAUUUUCUUGUAUAGUAAUAAUAUUAAUAAUCACAUUCAUAAGCUUUUGUUAAUUACCUUUAUUGUUGUUGUAAUUGUAUCUUAUAAACUCUAUAUUAUUUUUCACUGUGAUUUCGUAUUUCGUGGAAUCAUGAGACCGCUGGGAUGUGACAUUGGAAUUAGUAGCAUAUAUGGUUUUAAAACUAUAUAGUUAAUAUCCAGACGCAAAAACUAUACCAUACGUAGGUGAAGAAAGAUAAUGAUUAGGUGAGAGAUAAUAAAACAUUGCUGGUUACAAUUACAAAAGAUAUUUUCUACUUUCUAGUAUUAAUAUUUUGAUAAAACAAUAGAAUGAAAAAGAUUACAAGUUACAAACAUACGCAUAUAUGCCUAUACGAUCUUAAAAAAAAUGUGUGUGCGUAGUAACGUGAUUAGGAGAUACUCCUGUCUUUUUAAGGGAUUGAGUUAAGAUGAAUGCCUUGCUGGAAAUGCAGUUAGGCAUUGAGCUGAAUAAAAUACUAGUACUAACUAUCAUUAUUAUUAUUCAGAUCUUUAUCAAUACUGUACACUCAUUACAUGACAAACUCGCCGAUUCCCGAUAUAAUUUAGAAAUAUUUAAUCAGAUUUUGGAAGAUUGCUUUACAGGAAUCUCUAUGCUUAAGCAACCAACAAUAAUUUACAAAGUUAAAGUUUCCAUACAUCACACAAACUUUCUGGGAGCAGAAACAUCAAUUUAAAAUAAAUACAUUAAAUAGUUAUCUUUUAUUUUGUGUUUUCUAAUAAAUAAAUAAUGUUAGGUUGAUUUUUUUUCUGUUUAUAUAUCAUGUGUAAAAUAGUAAAAAGAAAAAGAAUCUCUAAGCGUAAGCAACAAAGUAUGUACUCAUAAAGUAAAUUAAUAUUUAGUCAGUAACAGUUUCAAUAGAUGAUAUAUAAGAAUAUAUGUGUUGUUGAUAUUAAUAUCCUUGUAAUGAAAGUGUUUUGAAAAGACUAUUUGACAAAUUGUAGUUCUGUCAUGGAUCUUAUAAAAUCUGCUAGAUUAAUAAUAUCAACAUAUCAGUAGUACGCAACGGGCGUUAACCAUAUCAGUAGACAUGAUAGUCUCUGAUCAUAAAUCCAUUAAAGGCGCGGAAAUAUUUCACCUGAUUGUAAGAGAUAUUCGAACGUUGAUUUGAUUCAACGGUAUUACUUGACGGUAAGAUUUACCUGUCGUAUCCUAAGAUAUUAACAAUAUAAUAGAGUUAAAUUCAAUGAUACUCUAUUUUAUAAUGAAAAAUAAACAGAAAAUAAAAUAUUAGCAUUUUUAUUCUAAAUUCUAUUUUAUUGAAAAUAGAGUGAGAUUGAAGAUACUAUAACACAAGUUGUACGAUCCUCUUUGUUCUCCAUCUUCACCAUAAAGAAGAUAGUUUCUUAGAGAUAGUGAAAUAAACAUUUUAUCAAUUCUUUAAUUUAGCAUGGAUUAAAAAAACUUCCAGAAAAAAAACUUUCUUGAAUUUAGCAUAGACUUUGCAUUUUGACAACGUCCAACAACUUCGAAAGCUUCAUCACAUGGAGGAUUGGUAUAUGCUGAUUGAGAUUGCUGCUGGCCGUUGCAUAACAUUGGUGGUUCAAGGGUUUAAGAAUGUAUUGGUUGUACUCAAAUGAAUGAAUAAACAUAAAAUUAUGAGAUUUAAGUAUACUCACGGUUUCGCAUGUACGUUACCUAUUACGUGGUUGCGUAAAGGAGGAGGUUAAAGUUCAAAGUGUCCUGGGAUGGGUGGUGGUUCAAGUUUGCACUCUGACUCUAAUUAAUCACUUUUGCUUCUAACGUAAUCACCUCUAACUAUUUCUUUUAUUAUGAGAACAAUCCCUCCCUUUACACAUUUUCACGAAAUGAUACACUUCUUUUUUCAUUUAAUCAAAACUAUAUUUGAAGAAGAGAUCCGAUACUCGUCGGCUUCUUAUUUACACGUGUACAUAUGAACUCAUGAAUGGAAUAUCACAUGUGUGCAAUAAGAAUACAACUUUUUUUUUUUUUGACUUUUUGUGUUUCUUAAUUGAUGUAUUUACCAAAGUUUUGUUUUGUUUUCGACCGAAAGUCAAAUACAAAAAAACAGGUGUUGAUAUUGUUGAGUCGCGACCGUAAGCAAUAUAUACGAUUAGACGGCGAUGCGUUUAAUCACAAGAUUCAGGCACGGCCGUUGAUUUAUGUAGUAGGUAAACCAUUCCCACAAGUCACGGAGGCUGAGCCCGACCGUGAAUGAUGACCUGGCACGAAACUGUAAGCUUGGCCGCCAAACGUGACACGUGUCUUCUUUAGGGCAUCUCCAACUCCACUCUAUUUUUCACUCUAAAAUAGAAUUUAGAGUAAAAAUGCUCCAAUGGUACUCUAUUUUCCACUCUAUAAUAGAGUAAAAAAUGGGUUUACUCUAUAUAUAGAGUAAGUUGUUUUUUGUUUGUUCAUCACUCUAUUUUUCACUCUAAAAUAGAGUACCAUUAGAAUAUAUCACAACUCUAUUAUAGAGUCACUCUAUUUUAGAGUAAAAAAUAGAGUGAACCAUUGGAGAUGGUCUUAGCUCCGUCCCAUUAACUCGACGUGGUAAUUGUGUUUGUUGCAGACUUGCAGUGAUAGUUCUUCUACGAGGGUUCGUCGGUGUCCUUAUCAAAAUGUGAAAAUUACUUGUUAAAAAACUGUAGUAUUUGUGAAGCAAUAAAAAUUGGCACCUAGAAGCUGAAUAAAACGUAUUUGAAAUUUCCAUAUUGUCCUUAUCUAACAUCAUUUGCGAUAUGUUCUUGUCAAGAUUUCAAAUUUUCAAUAUGUUACUUUUGAUAAACUUCUUAUUUGCUCAAUAUAAUCUUUGAUAUUGUAAGAUAUACCCUUUUGUCUAAGGGAAUACAAAAUCGAAUAUGUAGCUGUCAGCUUCUAAAAUUAUGGAAAUGCAAUUUUAAACAAGAAACACAUAGUUCCAGAGUAAAACAACUAAACCCAACGAACACAACCAGAACCAAGACCAAAUAAACUACCAUGAAAGAUGGAAAGUAAGUGAAAUUUUCAAAAAGAAAACGAAGAAAAUGGAGGAAAUAAGUAAAGAGUAAAAAAUAACGUAAAAACAUAAACCUAAAGACAGUUUACAAAAAAAAAAACAACCUAAAGACACUGAUUAAUACAAAUCAAAGGCCCAAACGGGAAUCAAAUUUCAUAUACUCUUAGUUUUUAUCUGAUAAUUAACUUUGCAAUUUUACAUCUCCACCAAAAAUAAGCUUUAUAAGCACAUAUAUACUAAACCAAUUAAAGAAAAAAUAAGCUUUAUAAGCACAUAUAAGAUAAAAAUAA